AUGGUUCUUGUAAUCGUCGAAAUGUUACCGGUUAUUCUCGACGCCGUCGCGCCGAUGAAAGCAUCCCGGCCGCACAAAAUCAUAAUAGACUUCGAAAUGUUUCUCGACAAGCAGCAAUAUUUCUACGCCUAUCUGAUGGUCGAGAUCGUGAUGGCCGCAGUUGGAUUUUCAACGAUUAUCGCGAUCAGCUCACUGCUCAUUGCGUUCUUCAGACAUUCGUGCGCCAUCUUCAAAAUUUCCAGCAUUUUGAUCGGGAAUACAGUGACUAAACACUCGCUUGAAAUUCCACAUGAUCGAAAAACGCGCGAGAUGUACCGGAGGAUCACUCGUGCCGUUUGUUCACCAAAUCUAUAUUAGAUGUUCUGAACAAAUGGUUCUUUGUUCUGAUCGGGCUCUCUGUUUUGUCCCUGAG